ACCUCUUUGAAUAUCUCAAUCUUCUUUGCCUACAAGGCAUUGAUUCUUGUUUCCUCUCCUUGGAGACAAACAUGCAAAGCCCGGUGAGGUUUUCUAGCUGCCGAGGAGUGGCUUUUGAAAUCAAACCUCAUCCUGAUCUAUUUGCUCUUCCACCACCCACUCAGGACGAGCCAAAAGGCGGUAGCCCAUUUUGGCUUUCAUGGUUUCAGGGGAGCUCUAAAGUGUUCCCUUCUUCUGUACAAAGGUCUGCUAGUCGAGUCAGUAGCCAUUUCUGCGAUCUUGACGUCGAUGAUGAAGAAGACGAUUAUGACAUCAGUUUUGAAAUUCUAGAAGCAGGAAAAAAGGAGAAAGAGCUUACAGCAAACCCAGUUCCAUCUGCUAGUAAGCGUCAGCAACCACCAAAGCCUGCUCGAAAUCAAGAAUCAAGAUUGUCAAUUAUACUGCUCGACCAGGGCUUGUUCACUGUAUACAAGCGGCUUUUUGUCGUUUGCUUCGCAUUGAACAUGAUCAGUUUGGUUCUUGCCGCCACUGGCAACUUCCCUUAUGCAAGAAAUAGAGCUUCCCUCUUUGCCAUAGCCAAUAUUCUUGCUUUGACACUCUGCAGGAGUGAGGCCUUCCUGCGAGUUGUUUUCUGGUUCGCUGUCAAAGUCCUGGGGAGGUCUCGGGUUCCUCUUCCAAUCAAGACUGCCACAACCGCUCUUCUUCAAAGUCUUGGUGGAAUACAUAGCGGCUGUGGGGUUUCUUCGAUUGCCUGGCUUAUAUAUGCUUUAGUUCUCACUCUUAAUGACAGAGAAAAUACUUCCUCAGAAAUCAUAGCUGUGGCCUCCUCCAUUCUUUCACUUCUCUGCUUAUCUGCAUUAGCUGCUUUCCCACUCGUCCGUCAUCUCCAUCAUAAUGUAUUCGAAAGGACUCACCGAUUUGCUGGAUGGACAGCUCUAGCUCUCUUAUGGGCAUUUGUAAUACUCACUAUCUCUUAUGACCCAAAAACCAAAUCGUAUAGCAAUGAACUAGGCUCCAGGUUGAUCAAACAGCAAGAGUUCUGGUUCACAGUAGCCAUCACGGUUCUAAUUAUAAUCCCAUGGGUGACAGUGAGACGUGUACCUGUCAAAGUAUCUUCUCCUUCUGGCCAUGCAUCCAUAAUAAAAUUCCAGGGAGGAGUAAAAGCUGGUAUAUUGGGAAGGAUUAGCCCAUCCCCAUUAUCCGAGUGGCACGCCUUUGGUAUUAUAUCUGAUGGGAAAACAGAACACAUGAUGCUAGCUGGUGCAGUUGGUGAUUUCACAAAGUCUUUAGUCUCAAACCCACCAAGCCACCUGUGGGUUAGACAAGUGCACUUUGCAGGCUUGCCUUACCUAGUGAACAUGUAUGAAAGGGUUCUGUUGGUGGCCACAGGUUCAGGUAUUUGCGUAUUCUUGUCAUUCCUUUUGCAGCCAAGUAGAGCUAGUGUAUGCUUGCUGUGGGUGGCCAAAGGGAUAGAGCAAAACUUCGGUAAAGAAAUAAAAGGGAUGAUGAGUGGGCAUCCUAAUGACAAGGUAAUUGUGCAUGAUACAGCUAUCUUAGGUCGGCCCAAUGUGUCUGAAAUGAGUGUCGAUGCUGCUAGAAAAUGGGGAGCUCAAGUAGUCAUUGUUACCAGCAAUCCAGAAGGAAGCAGAGAUAUUGUCAAUGCCUGCAAAGCUUCUGGAAUUUCAGCCUUCGGUCCUAUCUGGGAUUCUUGAACUCAUUGCAAUAACAAUUUUAGCAUAUUUAUGUCCAAAGUUCAUGUUCCAUAUCUUUUUUUUUUCUUGUCUUUUGGAAACAGUUCAAUCUGCCAAUAUAUAAUGCUGCUUUUAUGAUGAUAAAUCCGGGUGCCUUUGCACAUGGCUAAAGACAAUUUUAACGUAUAACUAAUUUCAAUUUUAUAUUUUUUAAUUUUAA